CUCAUUCUCUCGUUCUCCCUCACCCUCUCAUUCCCAUUCUCUCAAUUCUCUCAUUCUUUCUCACAAAAAUCAUCCAUAACAAAAUAUUUAGUCACUAUUUUUGUUCGUGUUCUAACGGACAUCAUUAAAUGAAUCGGGUUUUCAUCAAAAUCUAUUGGUAAGUUCCUAUUUUGAAUAUAAACUAGGCUAUAGAUCUGAGUUUUGAUUGUAUGGUUUUGGGUUUGCUUUCUAAGGAUUUGGAUUUGAGGAUUGAGGAUCGAUUGAUUAUAUUCAUUUGCAAAGAAAAGAAGAUCUGCAAAAAGGAGUAUUUAUGAUAUCUUCACAUGAAAAUCUAUCUGUUAAAUUCAUUAUACGAUAGUUGCAAAGAAAAAAGGAUUUUCAAAAAGGAAAUAUUUCUGAGGAUUGGUUAUUUCAUCUAAUGCUUGAGUAGUGAUAUUUUUUUUCUUCUCUUUUUAUGACAUGAAAACUUGAAUUUUAUAAUUUACAAACUAUCAUAGGCUAGGUGAUCGAGUUGGUAAGAGCUUCCAAGUGCGGAACCCUCACGCCUGGGUCCUACCGACGCUGAUUUGAGUUAUAUCUCAAUCUAUUCUUGGUGGCCGGAGCGGAGGGACUUUUCUAACAUGACCACACGGCACGGAUUAGUCUCUGGAUUUAUGAAGCCUUUGAAAAAUUGUAGGAUCUCGAUAAAAAAAAGAAGUUAUAAUUUAUAUAUUCCUUUUUGGUAUUGCAUGUGUUUGAUUAAAAGUUUUAUUAUUAUGCUAUUAAGAUCAGUGGUGAAUUUUAUGCUAUAAUACUUUUGUAUGUUUGUACCAAGAUUAGUGGUUUUCAUAGGUCUUGUUCAUCCGCAUCAACCAAAAGAUUAGAAGCUGGAAAUUGGAACUCUGUCCUCCACCCUUUGAUAUAUUUUUGUUAUUAUUUUUGUUUUACUGCACUGUGACACUUUGAUUUCUUUGAUCUGUAAUAAGUUAGUUUGUUCUUGUUAGUUCACCCAAAUUGUUGUUAAUGUAAAACAUAAAAGUUAGAAGAGUUAGUUAGGAGUUAAUCGUGUUACUCAGAUGACUGACAAGUGUCACAAUCCUGUUCAUUAGUUUAGGCCUUCUGUUACUAUAAAUACCCCAUAUCCAUUUGUAAUAACCUCUUCCAAAAACUAUUUUACCAUAAAUUAGUUACAGAUAUUUUCUCUCUCUUUUCGUCUUCUUCAAGCUUAGCUUUCAUGGUAUCAGCAGCUCAGGUCGAUCGGUGACCUCAAGCUCCAAGCUCGUUCAUCUUCAUCAGCCUUGUUCUUCCUUCGUGAAGCUUCACACUUCGUCUCUACAAAUUUUACAAGAUAAGUGAAGUUGUUCAUCAAAACUUUCAGAUCUAACAGUACGAAUAGUUAAGCCUUUGUUGUUGAUACUAUCAUCGAAGAUUUGGAUUUACAUAUAGAGCAAUAUUUUCUGGAAAAGUUGUUGAUUCAUACUCAGAAACCCUAGAUUUUGAGAGAAAUUGAAGAAAUUAAAGAAUUAGUUCAAAUUUUUGCUACUGUUAGUCUCGUUCUUGCCUCAGGUUACUUGAUAAUACUACAAGAUUCAAGUUCUGGAUGAUUGCUCAGCUUAGAGUUCUACCUUACUUCUUUUACAAGUAUUAAGACUCAUAUCCUCUAGAUCUACUCAUGGCUUCCACUACUGUUACUCAAACUACAGUUUACCUACCAAAUGUUAUUCUUGAUGAGUCCAAUUACCCUACCUGGUUGUUUAGACUUGAGUCAUUUCUGAAAAGUCAAAACCUAUAUGGAUUUGUUGAUGGCACCAUACCUUGCCCUGCUCAGUAUAUUACAUCUGCUGAUGGUUCUACUAGAUCCGUCUCGAGUGAAUAUGUAGCUUGGAAAACACAAGAUCAAAGCAUUGUCAAUAUGAUUGGUCAAACUCUAAGUCUUAUUGCUAUAUCAUGUGCUGUUGGCAGUAAAUCUGCUCAAGAGUUAUGGAUUAACUUGAGGAAUAAGUUUGCAGCUCCAAAUAGGCAAAAUAUCCUGCAAUUAAAGUCAAAUCUGCAAAACCUGAGAAAGGGAAGUGAUAGCAUUGAGGCAUAUCUUGAUAAAAUUAAGGCUGCAAGGGAUGCAUUAGAGACUGUUGGAGUGUUUCUUGAUGACAAGGAUAUUGUUGUCACAGUUCUAAGAGGUCUUCCAUCUGAGUAUGUUGCUAUUAAAAUAGUGAUAAGAGCUCAAUUUGUCAGUUGUUCUGUGCCUGAGUUAAAGACUUUGCUACAGGCUGCUGAGAUAGAUAUAGAAAAUGAAGUCCAGAUUACUCUAAAUUCCUUUAUCUGCAAUGGUUGCUCAAAAUGUCUCUACUUCUGCAUCAACUGCUAGCACAUCUACUGGUUCUAUUCAGAAUAUGGCAUCUCCUUCAACUGCUCCUAUUCAACAAGCCUCAUCAGUUCCUGCAGUUCCUCCUGGCUUCACACUAGUUUCAUCCCAAACUCAGUACAUCCUAAUUUCAGCUAUGCCAUAUGGUGUUUCAUCAUUCAAUGCUUUUGAUCCCAAUAUGCCUAUGACUGGCUUUCUUGCUGGACGAGGAACUCCAAGGUUUAAUGGUGGUAGGAACAACUAUGCUUCCAAUGGCAACAAUGGUCUCAAUUUUCUUGGCAGAGGCAAUGCUGGCUUUCCCAACAACAAUGCAGGUCUUCUCAAUAAUAAUGCAGGCUUCAGGAAUCCCAUCAUCUACCAGAUCUAUGGGGAAAAUGGCCAUGUAGCUAGAACUUGCAGGUCUAUAUCCAAUGUCCUCAAUCAACAACAAGGAAUCUUCAAUCAGAAUUCAGGUGGUUGUCAAGUCUGUGGCAGGUUCAAUCACACUGCAGAAAGGUGCUACCAUAUCAUAGGCUUUCCAAAUCAGCAGCCCCAAACCUCAACUCAGGCAAUGACACCUCAACAAAAUGGAAUGAUGGCUGGAAAUGCAGGAAUGAUGCUUGGAAAUGCAAUGCUGGCUGCUGCAACUCAAGCUCCUCAAUACUGGUUAGCAGACACAGGUGCCACUAAUCACAUGACCAAUGAAGUUCAGCUGCUCAACAAUGUUGCUCCUUACCCACAUACAGAUGCAGUUCAAGUUGGCCAGUAAUGGACAAGGUGUUGGGCAAGAUAUUGUACAAAGGACUGAGUAAACAAGGCUUAUAUCCCAUUCCCUUUGAUCUACCAUCUCUUAAGACUUCUACAAGUUCUACAGCUGCAACUAAUGUAUCUGGUGCUUCAGCUUUUUUGGGAAAGUAUAUAAAACAAUCUCUUUGGCAUCAAAGGUUUGGGUAUCCAUCCAAUCAGAUAGUUAGUAGUAUGUUGAAUAAAUGUAAUAUUCCAUUUAAGUCAGACUCAGGAUCAUCCAUGUGUGAAAGUUGUCUUCUAGGUAAAUUCCACAAGUUACCAUUUUCAGAUUCACAAACUAAAAGUGUAGCUCCGUUUGAGAUUGUUCACUCAGAUGUAUAGGGGCCUUCACCUUGUUUUU